AUGGCUUGGUAUCCUGCUAAGGUGGAUGUGACGUCCCCUGAGGGAGGCAAAUACAGCUUUCCUGUCUACCGCUGGAUCACUAACAGCAAGCCGCACUACUUCAGAGAGGGAGCAGCUCUCACAGCAAUUGAAGACAAGCACAGACUUCUUAGCCCGUACAGUCGGGAACAGGAGCUUCUGGAAAGACGCAAACUCUACAGCUGGGACAAGCAGGGCAUCUCCCACCUGAAGGCAGACAGUGUUUUAUCACUCCCCUAUGACAUCCGCUUCUCUUUGACUAAGACUGUGGAGAUGGUCUACAUUGGGGCCACAGGACUGGGAAGGCUGGGACUGAUGGGAAUGCUUCAGUCUAACAAGUUUAAUUGUAUAGAGGAUAUUAAACAACUAUUAAAUGUCCACAAAACUCAGGUUUCAGAAUACGUCUCUAAACACUGGAAGGAAGAUGCAUUCUUUGGCUAUCAGUUUCUAAAUGGUACCAAUCCCAUUUUGAUCCAACGCUGUACACAACUGCCCAAUAACUUAUCUGUCACGGAUGAAACGGUUUUCCCUGAUGGUCAGCAUAAUUUGGCAGAAGAAAUGGAGAAGGGUAACAUCUUCCUGUGUGACUACAAGAUUUUGGAUGAAGUGGAGUCAAACACCAUCAAUGGGAACAAACAGUUCUUGAUGGCCCCGCUUGUCCUACUUUGGAAAAACAAUGCUGAUCAGUUAAUGCCAGUUGCUAUUCAGCUGAAGCAGAAACCAACAAAGGACAACCCGAUUUUUUAUCCUAGUGAUUCUGAGUACGACUGGUUGUUGGCCAAGACGUUUGUGAGAAGUGCAAACUUCAACCUUUAUGAACUAAAUGCUCAUCUGCUGCGCACUCAUCUGCUGGCUGAGGUUUUUGCAGUGUCACUGCUCCGCAACCUUCCAAUGGUGCAUCCACUGUACAAGCUUCUCAUACCUCACACUCGCUACACUUUGAACAUCAACUUCUUAGCUCGGAUGCUUCUGAUAUCUAAAGGAGGAACUUUUGCUAAGUUUACAUCUUCUGGUGGAGAGGGUGCCCUCACAAUCCUGAGAAGAUCACUGACCUCACUGACCUACAGCUCCCUCUGUAUCCCAGAUGAUAUUGAGGAACGUGGACUGAAAGAUGUGCCAAACUUCUACUACAGGGAUGAUGGACUCCAGCUUUGGGAAAUCAUCAACAGGUUGGUGAAGUCAACACUUGCCUUCUACUACAAGACUGAUGCUGAGGUCCAAGAAGACACAGAACUGCAGAACUGGAUUAAAGAAAUUUUUCAGUAUGGAUUUCUUUCACAGGAAACCACAGGAAUUCCUCAAGAAUUUAGCACUAUGGAUGAGAUGGUCAAGUUUGUCACCAUGGUGAUCUUCACUUGCUCUGCCCAGCACUCAGCUGUCAACUCUGGACAGUACGAUUUUGGUGGCUGGAUGCCCAACAGUCCUACUACCAUGGAACUUCCCCCACCAAAAGAAAAGGGGACAACAACUGAGAAAACGAUACUGGACACAUUCCCCAGUGUUAACACAACAGUGCAUGCCAUGUCCACAGUAUGGCUACUCAGCAAGCAGUCCUCUGAUAGUAUUUUUCUUGGCAACUACCCAGAGAAGCAUUUUACUGAGAGGUUUCCUCUCCUGAAGAUAAAAGAAUUUCAAGAAGAGCUCAAAAAGCUGAGUGCAGACAUCAAAGCUAGAAACUCAAGGUUGGCCUUGCCGUACACAUACAUGGAUCCAGAGGUGGUUGAAAACAGUGUAUCUAUUUGA